AAACGGCGUCUGCUUUUAUCAGGAGCGCAGUGAUUGACGGGGCAGUGGAUGCGCUGGAAAAUCCCUCGUCCUGCCUGGCCGUGGGGAAGACUGUUCCCGUGGGGACGGGCAUGGCAGAGGCUGGAUAUGCUCUGGAGUAA